ACGUCCCCUUCACAUUAACUUAUUAAAAUAAAUAAACUUUGCCACAAUGUCCGGAAUGACAGUAUUUAAACGCGAUGGUCGCAAAGAGAGUGUCGCAUUUGAUAAAAUUACGGCCAGGAUCAACAAACUUUGUUAUGGUUUAGAUUCAAAUCAUGUAGACCCCAUUGAGAUAACUAAAAAAGUUGUACAAGGUGUCCAUCAAGGUAUAACUACAGUUGAGCUCGAUAACCUGGCUGCAGAGACCGCUGCAUACCUUACAGUCAAACACCCAGAUUAUGCUGUACUUGCUGCCAGAAUAGCCAUUUCUAACCUUCAUAAGGAGACUAAGAAGGCGUUCUCUGCUGUUAUUGAAGAUCUCUAUAAUUACGUUAACCCAAGGAAUGGAAAACCAGGUCCAAUGAUUAGUGAUGAAACUUAUCAAAUCGUAAUGAAGAAUCGUAAUGUUCUUGAUUCCGCUAUACUUUAUGAUCGUGAUUUCAACUACAAUUUCUUUGGUUUCAAAACUCUUGAGAGGUCCUACCUUCUCCGUAUCAAUGGUAAGGUCGCAGAGCGUCCACAACACAUGUUAAUGCGUGUUGCCGUCGGAAUCCAUGGUAGCGAUUUAGAGCGUGUCAUCGAAACAUACAACCUUAUGUCACUCAAAGCUUUCACUCAUGCUAGCCCAACUCUCUUUAAUGCUGGUACACCACACCCUCAAAUGUCUUCUUGCUUUUUAGUAACGAUGCAAGAUGAUUCAAUUGAAGGAAUUUACGAUACACUCAAAUCUUGCGCUCUCAUUUCUAAAACUGCAGGUGGUAUAGGUCUAAACAUUCAUUGCAUCCGUGCCACAGGAUCUUAUAUCGCUGGUACAAAUGGUUCUUCAAAUGGUAUCGUACCUAUGCUUAGAGCCUUUGAUGCGACAGCUCGUUAUGUCGAUCAAGGUGGCAACAAAAGACCAGGUGCUUUUGCUAUCUAUCUUGAACCUUGGCAUCCUGAUGUUUUCGAGUUCUUAGAUCUUCGUAAAAACCAUGGUAAAGAAGAAGUUCGCGCUCGUGAUUUAUUCUACGCACUUUGGAUACCUGAUUUGUUCAUGCAACGUGUACAGGAGAAUGGUGAUUGGCCAUUAUUUUGUCCACAUGAAGCACCAGGUCUUCAUGAAGUUUGGGGUAAAGAAUUUGAAGAAUUAUUCUUUAAAUAUGAAAGAGAAGGUAGAGCUAAAAGAGUUGUUAAAGCUCAAAAACUUUGGUAUUCUAUACUUGAUUCACAAGUUGAAACUGGUGGACCAUUUAUGUUAUAUAAAGAUCACGCAAACGCUAAAUCUAAUCAGCAAAACCUUGGUACAAUUAAGAAUUCAAACCUUUGCACUGAAAUUAUUGAAUAUUCAGCACCUGAUGAAGUGGCCGUAUGUAAUUUAGCUUCGAUUGCGUUACCAAGUUACAUAAAGAAUGGUCAGUUUGAUUUCAAUGAAUUACAUAAGGUUACAAAGGUUUUAACACGUAACCUCAAUCGUAUUAUUGAUGUCAAUUAUUAUCCAGUUAAAGAAGCAUAUAACUCAAAUAUGCGUCAUCGUCCAAUAGGUUUAGGUGUUCAAGGUCUGGCAGAUGCUUUCCAACUUUUAAGAUUCCCAUUCUCAUCUGAAGAGGCUAGAUUAUUAAACAAGCAGAUAUUUGAAACAAUAUAUCAUGCAGCUGUUGAAUCAUCAUCAGAAUUAGCUCAAGAGUUUGGUGUUUACGAGUCAUAUCACGGUAGUCCAGCAAGCAAAGGACAACUUCAAUAUGACUUAUGGAAUGUUACACCAACUGGUCUUUGGGAUUGGACAAGUUUGAAAGAAAAAGUUGCUCAACGUGGUUUAAGAAACUCACUUUUGGUUGCACCAAUGCCAACAGCCUCAACGUCACAAAUACUUGGAUUUAAUGAAUGCUUUGAACCAUAUACGUCAAACAUUUAUACAAGACGUGUUUUAUCAGGUGAAUUCCAAAUUGUUAACCCAUGGUUACUUAAAGAUCUUUGUGAUAGAGGAUUAUGGAACGAUACUAUGAAAAAUAGGAUCAUCGCACAUGGCGGAUCAGUUCAAAAUAUUUCAGAUAUCCCAGAUGAUAUUAAAGAAUUAUAUAAGACAGUUUGGGAAAUUAGUCAGAAGGUUAUAAUUGAUUUAGCAGCAGAUAGAGGAGCCUUCAUUGAUCAAAGUCAAAGUUUGAAUGUACAUUUAGCUAGUCCAACACAUGCUCAACUCACAUCUAUGCACUUCUACGCCCACAGAAGAGGAUUAAAGACUGGUAUGUAUUAUUUACGUACUAGACCACAGUCAGCUGCAAUUCAAUUCACUGUUGAUAAGCAAGCUUUAGAGGAAGCGAAAGCAACUCAAAAGAGUAAACCAAGUACACCAUCAAAGACUGGUAGUAUAACAAGUAGUGUUGAGAGAAUGAAGCUUGAUGAUUCAAACGCACGUUCAAAUGCAGCAAAAAGUGUCUCAACACCGAUUAGAGCAGCUACUAUAAGUAGAGCAGUGAGUGGUAUUGAGAAUACACCUUCAAUUAAGCGUACACUAUCUUCACAUGUUGAAACUGAUGAGAAUCAACCAACAAAAAGUGUUGAUUUGGGUGAAGAAACUGAGGAUGAGGAUGAGAUUGACUUUGAAACAGCCAAAGCUAGGUUAGAAGCUAAGAAACUUGAACAAGAAAAGUUGGUUUGUAGCAUUGAGAAUAAGGAAGCAUGCGUAAUGUGUAGUGGCUAAUUAAAUUAAUAACUAAUUGAUAUAAAUUU